AUCAUUUUUUUUUGUGUUUUGAUGGGUGCUAGUGCACACGUUGUCAUUUGAUAAUUUUGCUCAAUUGAGUAGUGUUCAUUACACAUUUUGUGAUUUGUUUAUGUGUUAUUGUGUGGCAGACCAUUGAGUAGUUUUUUUUGCGAACAAAACUCAAUUUUCAAGAAAAAAAACGAUGAAAAAAAUACCAACUGAUAUUGACGUGGAUAUCGAAUUAUUUCAAAAUGAUUUAAAAGAUAUCGAUCCGGAAUUUAUUCCAAGAAUCGUUUCCAUUUAUAAAAUAACCCAAUUUUUCAAAGAGAUAGGUUUUCUAUGUAUGACCAACGAUGCAACUUAUGCUUAUGGUGAAGAAAUAUGCGAAUGGCUAUCGUUAAAACAUGAUCCCAAACAACCAAAACAGAUUAACAUUUUAAAUGGCAAAAAAAUUAUUCAAGUCGAAUCCGGCAAUGAAUUUGUUGUCGUUCUAACUGAUGAUGGACUAGUGUAUCUAGCCAGUGAUGAUUCAGAUUGGCAAACGAACAAUACUUUUCGAUUGAUCUCAACCGGUAAUGAUCGUUUUGAAAUGAUAGCAUGUGGACAGCUUUAUUUGUUGUUGUUACGACAAGAUGGCAUUGUUUUUGCUUUAGGAGAUAAUGGAAUUGGUCAAUUGACCGGUAAUUCAAAUUCAGCGUAUGUUAUUGCCGUGAACACUGGUUUGAAUAAUGUCAAAAUAAUAGCUUGUGGUGGUGAACAUAGCCUUGCUCUUACCAAUACAAAUGAAAUUUAUUCCUGGGGCUGUAAUAAGUAUGGACAGUUAGGUCUAGGCGAUACAAAUGAACGAAGAACACCUUCAUUGAUUUCAUUUCCUGAUGGUCAAAUUAAAAAUAUUAUGGCCGGUUCAUUUCAUUCUUUAUUUUUGAUGGAGGAUGGUCAGAUUUUUGGAUGUGGUUAUGGUCAACCACCAAUUAAUGAUAAUGAACAAGAUGCAAAAGUGCCGACAAAAAUACCCAUUGAAAAUUGUCAAAGUAUGGCUUGUACAAAUUAUCUCCAUAUUUCAUUUGCUUUGGAUCAUUCAUCACAUUAUUAUGAAUGGGGUAAAUUAAAUAAUCAAUUGAAUAAUAAAUUGUUCAGUUUUUAA